AUGGGUUUCGAACCCCACCUUCACUGGUCUUUUCAGAAUGAGCACGUUCUUUUCCCCUUCAUCGUCCUUCGUUCGGCCUCUAGUUUCGUGGUGGCAUGCAUCGUCGUAAUGCUAAUCUGUCUGUCAGAGAGGUUUAUUUCUUUCGCACUCGACAAGCAAUGGUCUCCUAAUACGUUCCGACUAUCGCGCAUGCGGAUAGCAGUGUGGAGGACCGGAUUGUAUAGCUGCGUGACCUUUCUAAGACUAUGCUACAUGCUUGUUGCAAUGUCGUUUCAUAUGGGUCUCAUCUUUACGAUUGUCGCGACCCUAUCUAUCGCCCAGUUUUUUGUCGAGCUGCGAAACCUUCCGAAAUCAUCAUCAUCAGGCCGCGGCCUGAUACACAAAGCUUCAUCCCAGCCACUCCUCUCCCAAACCAACCAAGAGUACCCACCCCAUUCGAUGAAGACGCGUCCCAGGUCGCGGUCCAAGCCUGAUGACAUCUUCAUUCAUCCAGCCGAGUCUAACAUCGCUCGCGCCGACGCCGUCGCUCUAGAGCUUGGGCUGACCGGCGACACCGAACGGGUGCAAGGCUACACAUACAACAGGGAAGAGCCUGCUUGGGAAAUUGGGAAAGGCAAGGAUAUGGCUAGAGAAAUGCUGCUCGGUGCCCAAAAGAAAGCACCACACUCCCGAGACCCGUUCUACAUCUCCAACUCUGAUUCUGAUUCUGAUUGA